UUGACAACAGUUGCCACAGAAGCCAUUACUUUCAGCGCCUUUUGUUUUUCACCUGUUGAGUGUUGUUCAACAUAGAUCCUAGAAUUCUAGAGUUCUAGGUCUGGAAUCUACAGUGGUCUAAAUCUUAUAUCAACAUUCAUUUAGUAAUUUAUAAGGAAUCAUUUUAAAAAGGCGGUGUAAAAGAAACAAAGUUAAGAAAAAGAAUGGGUCAAACAUUGAGGAGGGCAGCUCAGUGGACUUCUGCUCAAGAUGGACACACAGGCAAACUGGAAUUCACAGCACUAAAUGAAGAGCUUAUCAAUAUGAUUUUACAAUUUAUAGAGGAAGGUAAAUCCCCUGAAGAAACUCACUUAAUCUUCAAAAAGCCACUUGUUUGGAAAACAAAUUUAAAUGCUCUACAGUUAUCUGGUCCUGGUUAUUCUGGACAUGAUGAAAAUGUUGAGUCUUCUGCUGUUUCACCCAAGGAUAAAACGCCGCUUCUAAAUUUAACAGAUGGUGUGCUACAUAUUCUCAGUCUUUCACAAGCUUUAUAUGUGCUUCAAAUAGCUGGAGAGAGAAAACUAGAAGAACUCAGGGCUUGUUUAGAAGAAAAUCGUGAUCCAGUUACCAAUAUGCUGGGAGAUAGAUUUGCAACAGUCGAAGGUUCUGACAACUCAAUUUUUAGAUAUCAUGAAGAAAUAACAAAAGAAAUUGAAGCUCUGAUGAAAAGUGCAGGCGACAAUGAUGAAGAGAAAGCCAAAGAAAUUGAAGAAAAAAAAUGCAUUUUAAGCCUUAGGUUGAAAUUGCAGCGUCUCGAUGAACAGAUGAUGAAUGCCAGUAUACUGAAGAUUACGCAAGAUGUUCGGCUAAAUCCCAAAAUUGUUGAUGGUGAAGUUUCAGUUCUCAAAAGAGUAUGUGGUCCAGACAAACAAAGAUUUGCUUUAGAAGACAUAGACUAUUAUGGUGAUGGAUAUGUGUAUCAAAAUGGAUGUAGAGCAGCUCCAUGGCGACAGUUGAACGGAGACAUUUGUUAUAUUGUAAUUCGUACAUUUGAUAAUGAAAGCCCUCUUUAUGUCACAGCAAAUACUAGUGGCUAUUAUUUAAAUAAAGGUCCCUCUGCAGACAAGAAUGGCCAGCUGAAUUUUGAAAACCCGGGAACUGACACAUAUAGAGAGAUAGUUUCUUUGUUAAAAGCCAAAUCUCCACAUUUUGCUGAAAUGAUCACACAACAGGAAUUUACAAUGAGGUCUUACAAAGAUAAAGAGUCUGGCCAAGUAGUUUUGCAUGAUGGGGAGGCAGGUGAGGGUGACAGGACUCAGAGGUCAGACAGGAAUAACAAGCAGCACAAGGACCAACAGCAAGACAAAGAUCACACACAAAAGACACAGAGCAAAAAAAAACUUCAACCCUCUUUGAAAUGGAAGAAUCUGGAAGUGGAAGAAGAAGAUAAGAAAACUCGAGAAUCCAUUAAUAUUCCCCAAAGACAUCACCAUUUGCUGACCAAUAAAUUGAAAUCUAAGGAUAAAUCUGAUACAGAGGAUAGAUUUAGUGAAAGUUCCACUGAGAGCGAGGAAGAAGAGGAGGUGAUUGAAAGAAGGCAUGAAGCUAAUGCUGAUCUACCGACAGAGUAUUGGCAAAUACAGAAGUUGGUGAAAUACCUAAAGGGAGGAAAUCAAACUGCAACAAUUAUCGCAUUAUGUUCUCUGCGUGACUUUAACCUUAAUCAAGAAACAUGUCAAUUGGCUAUACGAGAUGUUGGAGGUCUGGAAGUUUUAAUCAAUUUGCUAGACACAGAAGAAGUCAAAUGCAAGAUUGGUGCAUUGAAAAUUUUAAAAGAGAUUUCUAGAAACAGUCAGAUCCGAAGAGCUAUCGCUGACUUGGGAGGACUGCAGACAAUGGUGAAGAUACUUCGAGACCAAGAUAAAGACUUGAGGUGUCUAGCAGCAGAAACUAUUGCCAAUGUUGCUAAAUUUCGUCGAGCUAGAAGAACUGUCAGACAGCAUGGUGGAAUAAAGAGACUGGUCAAUUUGUUGGAUUGUGUCAAGCUGAAUAGUGCAGUCAUGACACCUGAGAUGGAGAUGACAGUUGAAGUGGCCAGGUGCGGGGCCCUUGCCCUAUGGAGUUGUUCAAAGAGUAAAAAGAACAAAGAGGCCAUGCGUAGAGCUGGAGCUAUUCCUCUGCUGGCGAAGUUGUUGAAGUCAGAGCAUGAGAAUAUGUUGAUACCUGUAGUGGGAACACUACAAGAAUGUGCAUCGGAGCCUACUUAUGGACUUGCAAUAAGAACGGAGGGUAUGAUAGAGGAUCUGGUGAAAAAUUUAAAAAGUUCAAACACUGAAUUACAAAUGCACUGUGCUUCAGCUAUAUUUAAAUGUGCUGAAGAGAAGGAGACAAGAGAUCUAGUUAGGCAGUAUGGAGGACUGGACCCACUUGUUGGACUGCUUACCAGUGGAGUGAAUGACAAACAACUUCUAGCAGCAGCUACAGGUGCCAUCUGGAAGUGCUCCAUCAGUCCUGAAAAUGUACAGAGGUUCCAAGAGCUGAAGGCCAUUGAUUUACUUGUGGGACUUCUUAAUAAUCAACCUGAGGAGGUCCUUGUAAAUGUGGUUGGGGCGCUUGGAGAAUUAGCUAAAGAUCCACCAAAUAGACAGGCUAUUCGUAAAGCCGGUGGCAUUCCUUCACUUGUCAAUUUACUUACGGGUACCAACCAGGACUUGCUUGUAAAUGUGACAUGUGCUGUGGGGCGCUGUGCAGAGGAGCCAGACAAUAUGCUUAUCAUAGAUAAACUUGAUGGUGUCCGGCUCCUAUGGUCACUAUUGAAAAAUCAUAACAAAGAAGUCCAGGCUAGUGCUGCAUGGGCCAUCUGUCCUUGUAUAGAGAAUGCUAAAGAUGCUGGGGAGAUGGUUCGCUCUUUUGUGGGUGGUUUGGAGCUCAUUGUCAGUCUCCUCAAGUCUGAUGACAAGGAGGUGCUGGCUGCAGUCUGUGCUGCCAUUGCAAACAUAGCAAAAGAUGAAGAGAAUCUCGCUGUAAUAACUGACCACGGGGUUGUGCCCAUGCUGGCAAGACUAACCAAUACAAGCGAUGACAAACUUCGACGCCACCUGGCGGAAGCGAUCGCCAGAUGCUGCAACUGGGGCAACAACAGGAUAGCUUUUGGCAGAGAAAGAGCCGUCGCUCCGUUGGUGAAAUACUUGAAGUCCAAAGACGAGAACGUUCACAGGUCUACGGCCCGAGCUCUGUUUCAAUUAUCCAAGAAUCCCGAGAACUGUAUUACCAUGCACGAGGCUGGCGUUGUCAAGCCAUUGAUCCAAAUGGUUGGCUCCAAAGACGAAGACCUGCAAGAAUCAUCCGCGGGAUGUAUCGGAAAUAUCCGAAGGCUGGCUUUGGCCAAUGAAAAAGCUCGUUACUCGUAGAUCCAAAAGACACAGUUUUUAGUAUUUUUCUUUAAUGAAGAGUUAACAAUGUUCCAGUGAAAAAAAUAUUCAAUUUAGUAGACAAGUAGCUUUGAAAAAAGUUGGAUAAGAAUGCCAGGAAAAAGAAAGGACUAACUAGAACCCUUUUACGACUUUUGAUUUUUUAAAUAAUGUAACACACUGAUAUGCCUAUUCAAUUUGUGUGUAUAUUUUAAUUAAAACAAAACUAGAGUUAACUAUUAGUCCAAAUUUGUCUAAACUUCGAUUCAUUUUUUAAAGUCAACGUUAGUUUCUUGUUUUCUUUCAUAACCAGAAUAAUAAUAGUAACAAGGAUUGUAUGGCAUUCAAUCGUACACCCAUGUCAGGAACAGCACAAUAGUAAAUGGUGGCUUAUUCAACUAGUGGUUUCGUGGGUCACCUUUUGGAAAUGAAGCAAGUUAUCUUCUUUUGCUGGGAAAAUCUUUAUGGAAUUAUUUUAGUGAAUCCCUUCCAAUCAACUCCACAAUAAAUGGAUUCUUACAGAGGGGGGGGGGAGGGGUAUUAAAAAUAAAGAAUAAUAUAAUGGUCCUAAAGUUAUCAAGAUGCAGAAGUUUAAACUUUGGCUGAUUAAUUGUACUUUAUGUUUAAUUAAUUAAAUAAUAAGUAUUGUAAACAAAAAAGAACAGUUUUGUUUGGCUUCUACAAUAUACAAACUUCGAUAUAUUUAUAUUGGCUAUAUGCUACUAUAUUGAUUAUAGUGCAACUAGGCCUAUAUUUUAAAAAUAACCCAGCUUUUACAAUUAUGAAAUGUGAUACAACAAAAACGUUUUACUAAAGUAUUUUAUUAUUUAUUUUUUUAAACGAUUUUCAUGGCGUAUCUUUAUUUAUCAUUAUUUUAUAUAACUUACAUAUGAAAGUCUACAAACAAAACAUUUUUUUGGUUUGUUCAAACUGUAAAUCCUGUUGGAUAUAUCUUCAUUAAAAACAAUUUUUAAACAAA